GUCUUCAGCUUGUUUGCUCUCUCUUCUAAAAACUUUUUAUGUGCUCUUUGUCGUAUACAAUUGCAUUGUCCUGACUCAUUUGACUUCUCCUUUUGCAGAUAUACCCUUAAAGAUUAUUAUCGCCCCAUCCGCCUUCACUUGACGCUAAAAACCCCCAUAAUUCACUUCGCGACGCUAAUUGAUCGCUAUCAUUUGGGUUCAUCUUUACAAGCUGUUCAUCAUCAUAUCCUCACUGUGAUUUUCUUCUCUGUGCAUAUACCCUUAAUUCCAACAACAAAACCAUGGCGUCCGGACCCGCGACUCAGUCAUUAAAGUGUGUGGUGACAGGUGAUGGUGCAGUUGGAAAAACAUGCCUCCUCAUCUCGUACACAACCAACGCAUUCCCCGGAGAAUACAUCCCUACCGUGUUUGACAACUAUACGGCCAGUGUGAUGGUAGAUGGCAGACCCAUCAGCUUGGGACUGUGGGAUACUGCUGGACAAGAAGAUUAUGACCGACUGAGACCAUUGUCCUACCCUCAAACCGACGUCUUCCUCAUCUGCUUCUCCAUUGUCAGCCCUCCCUCGUUUGACAACGUCAAGGCAAAGUGGUACCCCGAGAUCGAGCACCAUGCUCCAAAUGUUCCCAUCAUCCUUGUUGGUACCAAGCUCGACCUGAGAGACGAUCCCGCGACGGCAGAAUCCCUCCGGCAGAGAAAGAUGGAGCCUGUCUCGUACGAGCAAGCCCUGGCCGUCGCCAAGGAGAUCCGAGCGCACAAGUAUCUCGAAUGUUCUGCCCUCACGCAGCGCAACCUCAAAAGCGUCUUUGAUGAAGCCAUUCGUGCUGUCCUUAACCCUCGACCUGCCGCAAAACCGAAGAGCAAGAAAUGCACCAUUCUGUAGACUCUCAUUAUCAGCUUUUUAUCAUUUAAUCAUAAACAACUAAUUCGGCGUCUGGGAUAGUUGAAGGUUUUGCAAUGAUCCCCUUGAUGAUUGUUCCAACUGUGUUCAUAUUUCUUUUCUCGCUUUCUCUGUCACAUGUCAUGAUCCUGAUGAGCUUCUUUCUGGGUCAGGACACCCCCUUCCUCAUCUUGUCGUCUUUUCGUGCACAUGCAGCAUAAACUUGUAACAUGCUACGCCAUAACAGGAAGCUGUCGCUUAAUCGAUUUUUAACCUCCA